GUUAUAUAACUCGAAUAGGGCGAAGUCUGGAAGGCAAACGAAUAGACCAUUGUAUUCAUCUGUACGCUGCUCAUUCGCGGAAAUAUUGGAGGCGUCGAGUUCCAUACAGAGUUGGGAAUCAUGGCUCCACUUAUCACCCUCAUCUCCGGGUGCUCCACCGGGAUCGGAAUGGAGCUCGCGGUCAGGUUGGCCAAGGAUCCUAACAGCAAGUACCUGGUCUAUGCCACGAUGAGAAACCUAGGAAAGAAGGACGCCCUCACGGAGGCUGCGGGUGACAAUCUGGACAAGACACUCUUCAUACGUCAGCUUGACGUCACUAUAGAUGAUCAAGUUAAGAGCAUCUAUGAUUUCAUCAUGGAGAAGCACGGGCGUAUUGAUGUUUUAGUUAACAAUGCUGGUUAUGGUUUCUUCGGACCUCUGGAGACGAUGAGUAUGGAGAAAGCUAAGAUCAUGUUUGAAACAAACUAUUUUGGUACAGUUAGAUUGAUCAAAGGAGCUCUUCCAGCCAUGAAGAAACAGAAGUCCGGUAGUAUCGUCAAUAUCAGCAGCAUUGUCGGACAUCUUGGUAUUCCGUUUAUGGACAUGUACAAUGCGAGCAAGUUUGCAAUGGAAGGAUUAACCGAAUCAUUAAGGCCACAACUCAAAGAAUUUGGAAUAGGUAUUAGCACCGUGCAACCUGGACCUGUAACGACUAAAUUUGGAGAAAAUAUGAUGGCGAUCUCUGAUUUCGAUGAUAACAGUGUAUCUGAAGAUACAAAGAAGCAAUUUCUGGAGUUUCGGAAAGUUAUUAGCAAUCCCGACAUUUUCAGUCCUCAGACAGCCGAGCCGGUCAUUGAUGUCAUCGUUAAAGCCAUUGAAGCUGAGAAACCACGACUACGCUACCCAACCAGUCAGAAUGUAGGUGAUUGGUUAGCCAAGAGAUACGUCAAAGAAGAUGUAACUGGCACGGAGGGUUGGUUCUAAGAUCGGCGCGUGUCCUGUCCGGGGCGAUUUUUUUUUCUUUUCAUACGGAAACUUCGGCUUUUAUUUGUUCCUGUAUACCACAGAUAGUUGCAACUACGUUUGAGAGACUUUGAAUUAGGCUACAUUGCUUUGACUUAUCCAAAGGACCCCCCUAUUUUGUUCUUAAUAAAAAGACGGAAAAAUUGUUAAUCUGAAGUACCUGCCUUUAUUUGGAUUCGAACCCGCACCUUGCCAUUGUAAGCAAAAGGAUUAUCCCAUCACGCUACGCUGGCCGGUUUACUCAGUUGAUGCCUAGCCUUACAUUAUUCAAAUCCUAUAUGACGCCGGGAAGAAAAUGUUCGUAAACUG